AACAAAACACACGUGUGGCCAUGGCAUCGUAGUAUAUGGCGGAGGUGACAAACAGAGAGUGCAAAUCUGAUACAAGAAGCUCCCCAUCCAAAAGCUGUGACUUCAGUAAGUGUAGCCAUCAUGGGUUUUGUGGGUUACACUGAUGUAAUAGCUGAGGGCGACACAGCCAUCGUAUACCUCGGUUACAAUGCCAUGAUGCACUUGAAGCUCUGCCAUGGUGCCCUCACGCAAACCAAGCGCGGAGGUCUGAGACACUCUGACAUUAUUGGCAAGAAAUAUGGCUGCCGUAUCAGCACUCUCAGUGAUAAGGGGUACGUGUAUCUACUUCAGCCGACCCCCGAGCUCUGGACCCUGAAUCUUCGUCAUCGUACUCAGAUAUUAUACUUUGCUGAUAUCAGUUUCAUCACAUUACAGCUGGAGCUGAAACCAGGCUCGGUCGUAGUGGAGUCAGGUACAGGGAGUGGUUCAGUCUCGCAUGCCUUUGCUAGGACCAUUGCACCGGACGGUCACUUGCAUACGUUUGAGUUUCAUGAACAGAGAGCUGAGAAGGCCCGGGAGGACUUCAAGGAUCAUGGUAUCUCACAUCUAGUCACUGUCACUCAUCGAGAUGUUUUAGAGAAUGGGUUUGGUAUUGACCUUUCUGUUGAUGCCGUCUUUUUGGAUCUGCCGUGUCCCUGGCGUGCUUUACCACAUGCACGGAAAAUACUCAAGACCAGCGGAGGUAAAAUCUGCUCGUUCUCACCCUGUAUUGAGCAGGUACAGAGGACCAGUGAAGAUCUGAGGUCAUUGGGGUUUACAGACGUGUCAACGUUUGAAUGUCUGCAGAGGAACUACGAAAAUCGUACCGUCGUUCUCCCCUACCCUACUCUAGGGAAGAAGCCUGGUGCCGAGAGCACGAGCCAACUAGCCCAGGAUGCUGUAGCAAAAGAUGCAGGUUCUUUAAACGAUACAAAAUCGGGAGACCGACAAGGUGCUUCGACGGAUUGUGGUGAAACGCAGGAAAAGAGCGAGACGGAUCCUGAUGGAGCGGAUGUAAGCUUUGAGGCAUCUGAAGCCAAGAAACCAAGACUUUGUGAGAGUGAGAAGAAAGAGAACAAGUUACACUACCCAAUCAAGUGUGCAGUACCUUGGAAAGAGAUGCCUGGACAUACAGGGUACUUGACCUUUGGCACUCUGUACCUUUUACCCAAUGAGUCGGGUGUUUGAAAGGUUUUAGACGUCAGCUCGAAAAUGAACAACUUUAUUGCUCUGCUUACUGUGGACUCCUGCACAUAUGGCUAAUAGAUUCAUGUGUUUUGACAGGGCUGCGUAAGCAUUAAUAAGCCAUUUCGAGGUAUGUGGACACUAUACUAUAACUCUGUAGGCCGGUCUGGGUUAAAUUUGUCUGUAAACACCCAAACCCAACAGUGCAUUCUAUAGUAUCAACCAUAUCUCAAAAUAUCUGUGGUAGGCAGUAUCAUGAAUUUAGGCCCUGAUGAUAUCAUAUUGCUGCUUGUGAAUGAUGUCAGAUACCAACCCUCCAAACCAUCCUGGAACUACCUGGGAUCAAUGGACUUUCACCUUUGACCUUUUGCUUGGUAUCUUCAUUGUGCCUUUGAUGGUUCUCCACAAUGAUACAUUUUCUAGCACGUGUGUGUGCAUACGCAAUUCAUACACAGUGGGUAGCGUGCUCAAAGAUAAGGCCAUUUCUGAAUUGGUGGCCGCGGCUAUUACCGUUGCUGUUUGUUUGAGACGUUCUAUACCUAAACACACAUGGGCCCAAUUAAAAAAAAAAGCUGUAAGCACAAAAACUUGCUAAGCACAGAAAAGUAUUGCUUAAACAGAAACUGGUUACCAGCCAAAACUACAUCGUUGUGACUGGUGUUCCACUCUUUUUUUGCUUAGCAAAGAAAUGUUAUGCAGUAUUUUUUGCUAUUAAAACAGGUUUAUAAAAUUGGGUUAUGAUGACACUAUGAUCCAGCCGUAAUCGUAGCUCUGUAACCAUCUAUUCAGAAAUGGCCUAAGAUGACCAUGAGAGCGUGUGUAAGGUGCACAGGAGAUGUGUUGCCCAAUGAAACUGAGGAAUUCUAGCAUUGGUAUGUGUCAUUACACUGCAAAUAAAGAAAGUGAACCAGGCUACUUGAUGUGUGAUUCUGAGAGGCUUGCUGGGUUCCAUCAUUUAUUUUAAAAAUAUACACUUACUGUAGGGGGCUUCAAAACAGGUGGCCAGUGUCCAAGCUGCAGCCCAAACCUAAGCUUUGGUUUAUAACAGAUUUAUGAAGGGUGACUGAAUCAAUGCACCAAGUCUCAUUCUUAAUUUAGAGGCCUGCCUCGAAUUUGAAAUGCUAUGUGAAACAAUAGCAGUAUGUCGGAGAAGAUAAUUUAAAGGUCACUUUUCAAUCACAGCCCUGGAAUUUCAACUUUAGGGUUAGACCAUUUUCAUUUUGCUAAGUGCACUUCCCUUAGAAAAUCUUCAAUAGUCUAUUUGAAACUUUUUAAAGGGCACCAAUGCAAAGAUUAGGGGCAACAGGCCAUGGCCAUGGCCAUGAAAUUCCAAGCCGGCAAUCAUAGAAAACACACAGACGCAGACAGUUUUUCCAUACAUUGAUGAAAUCAAGGCAUACCAGUACAAAAUAACCAACAAAAGAAAAAAUUAAAUUCGAUAAAAAACGGUGGAACUUUAUUUUUGACUUAUAACACCAGAUAUUUAUUAGCAUAACACAAUAUCAAAACUGAUAGAUAAACAAUAAAAUUAUAACUUUACAAUGUACAAGGCCACCAUUGUCUUUAUUAUUCUAAGGCAAAUACGUCAAUCAUAUUGUAUAGCAAAGGCUCAAAAUAUUGACAAAUGUACACAGCUAAAUGAAAAUAACUUCUUAUUAAAUAGAAAAGCAGGUGGAGAAAGUUUUAAUUUGCCGGACGGAUUUUAAAAAAAUUAAUUAUGGCAACCAAGAGUUGACAAAAAUUUACUCUUUGUUUGGAAGUAAAAUUUUUAUGAAUGCAUUAUAAUUAUAGGCACAAGGACGCUAUAUUGCAUCAUGAAUAUCUGUUAUUGAUUGUAUUUACAUCAUGACAGUUGGAAUGUACAUUUAAGAUCUGACCAUUUCAUACAGCAGUUUAACACAAACAUUUAG